GUAGCGCUAGCUUCCUCUUCUUCCCGUCAUUCUCAUUCGCCGUCUAGUUCUAGUUUUCUUUUUACAUUCGUAGCUAGAUUUGUUGGCUGUAAAAUGGUAAAAUUUAUUCUCGUAAUGGCUGCCACGCUAAAUGUGUAGGUUAUUGGUUAUGUCAUGUAUAUAGGAUCGAUGUUCAUAUGUGCAAUCGAAAUAAUUCAACAAGUGUUUCGAACAAUGAUCGCAUGAAAGCAGUUUAGUAUCAAUCUCCCUGGAACGUUUCUUCUUUCAUGUUUCCUUUUAUGGCAAUUAAGUUAUGGACUCGGCGUUUGUGUACUAUAUGUAAUAAAAACAUAAUCUAUGCGACGUGAAAAGUGCGGUCGGAGGUCGAAUUGAGUGCCAAGUGUCGAGUUAGGAAGUAAAAAUGACGGAUACGCGGUCGUCGUCGGCGCUGUUCAAGAGGGCCGAGCAGCUGAAGCGAUGGGAGGAAUCGGACACGAACAAGCAGUCGGCGCUGCCGAAGCGGGCGUCGCGGAUCCAGUUCUCAUCGGGGAUCGUGUUCCUGGCGGCGUGCACAGCCGGUGAUAAGGAUGAGGUGCAGCGCCUGCUGAAGAUGGGCGCCGACAUCAACACCGCCAACGUCGACGGCCUCACCGCCCUGCACCAGGCGUGCAUCGACGACAACCUGGACAUGGUGGAGUUCCUGGUGACGCACGGAGCUGAUGUCAACAGAGGGGACAACGAAGGCUGGACGGCCCUCCAUGCCACCGCUUCCUGUGGCUUCCUAAGCAUAGCCAGGUACCUUCUGGAGAAUGGAGCGGACGUGGGCGCUGUCAACUAUGAUGGGGAACUGCCCAUUGACAUUGCAGAGAGUGACGCUAUGGAGGAACUGUUACAGAAGGCUAUCGAUGACAAAGGCGUCGAUUGUGAGAAGUCGCGUAACGCGGAAGUGGACACGCUGCUGCAAGACGCGAGGAACUGGGCUGCAAACGGGUACGUGGAGGUACGAGACCCCAAGACUGGCGGUACUCCGCUUCACGUCGCCGCGGCCAAGGGAUACAUUGACGUGGCAAAGACCCUUCUAGAAGAAUGCAACGUGGAGCCCGACUGCGUGGACUAUGAAGGCUGGACGCCUCUCCACGCCGCAGCCCUAUGGGGGCAGAAAGAUGCCGCUGCGCUGUUACUCAAGUUUGGCGCUGAUCCGCAUGUCAAGAACUAUUCGGGUCAAACCUGCAUGGACCUGGUGGAUCCGAGCAUAUCGUCGUGGCUGGCGGAGGCGUCGCUGAAGGCGUCCCCGCGGCGCAUGAACAACAACAACAAUAAUAACAAGCGCAAGCGCAGCCCGCCACAACACGACGUCAAACGCGUCGAGCUGCAGAUCACAGGGCAGACAGAGAACGUCGUCAAUGACAAGCCGCCGGCGCCUCCUGAGAUCAUCACGAAGAUCGCGGAGAAGCCCCCGAAGGGCCGAGCGCCGUCCCCGGAGACAGCAGAGCCCGCCGACGGGGUCACGGCUAACGACGAAGCCCCGUCCUGGCGCAGAUCUGCCUCCUUCAGAAACAGACAACCAGAUCCCGCCAGAGACAACAAACCAGCGAACAACGCGGUAGAUAGCGACACCAUACUCAGGAGGACACACAGUUUCGAAAAUGAUAAGACAGUUAAAAAGCGAAACGUAGUGAGUAUGUUGAUAAGUCUGUUCGACAACUCGAAGACGGGGCCCGAGCACGGCCAGAGUGACGACUUCUACCAGCGGUAUCGUGACGUCACUGCAAGGAUCAAAGCCACCUCGUGCCCCUCCAUACCGCCGCUCCCGCAGCCCGCCGCCGCAGACAGAGUAACUCCGGAGAGGAAGGACAGGGAGGCGAACACAUGGACGGCUGGUACCACCACCGCCGCGGCCACCAACCCUACCACCACCACCACACAGACCACCGUCAGGAGCAGCGAGAGCACGGAGUCCAACUCGAACAGUAGCAAUUCCACGCCGAGCGCCACCACGCCCACUAAACUGUCGCCCGGGAAUAUAUUCAAGAACUUCUUCAAGUCCUUUGUCCCCCCGGUGCGGGAUGAGGAGAGCGAGACGCAGAGGAAGGCGCACGCCAAGAGGGUGCGCGAGACCCGGCGCUCCACCCAGGGCGUCACCCUCGACGAGAUCAAGUCCGCCGAGCAACUCGUCAAGAAGAAAGCGGGCAACGACACCGCAGCACCCGCCAGCCCUAAGAAACCCGACGACACCCCUUCGGAAAGUCAGGCGCGGGCGCAGGGCGGCGGCGACGUGGCCGUGACGCUCGCGCUGGCCGCCGCGACCGCGACCGCCACCGCCACCAUCGCGGCCAACUCGGAGCGCCGGCCCUCGUGGCGGCUGCGGCUCGACCCCGCCAACAAGUUCGAGUUGGAGGAUGCGUCGGCGAUGCCACCGCGGACGACGUCGACGUUGUCGACGACGACGACGACGGUGACCAGCGCAGCGGAGACGACGGUCACCAUCCCGCUGCGUCGCCCACCAUCCGGCCCCACCAACACCAGCAUACCGCCCACCCCGGCUAAAGAGGAGCGCACGGCUGGGGAAGAAGAGCGGGAGAGCAGUUCGGAGAGCAAGUCGUCGAGCGUGUCCCCCGCGAGCACGCAGGCCGCCUUGAACGUGAUCCAGCGCAGGCGCAGGCCCAAGCGGCGCUCCACGGGCGUCGGACAUGUCGAUAUGGAUGAUAUCGUGAACGACCGCGGCGGGGGCGGCGAGGGCGACGGCGACACAGAGACCCUACAGUCGGGCAGUGAACGCACGGAGGACGGCGAAGACCGCGACUACAAGGCGCUGUACGAGGCGUCGCAGAGCGAAGUUCGUCGACUGCGCGCGCUCCUGUCCACCUCUGAACAGCAGUUGCGCGAUGCCCGCGCCACCAUCACCAGGCUCACACAAGUGAAUCAGAACUCGUUAUCCGAAAUCGAGAAGCGAGAAAAGAGAGCCAUGGAGCGGAAACUUUCCGAGAUGGAAGAGGAGCUUAAGCAAUUGCAAAAACUAAAAGCGGAGAACGAACGGUUGAGGGCGGAGAAUCGCGCCCUAACCAGGGUCGUGAGCAAACUGACCAACUCUGCCGCUAAAUAGUAUCAGCAGGCGCUACAAGCAGAAAACCAGCGAUUGAAGGACGAGAACGGAGCCCUCAUUCGAGUGAUCAGCAAACUGUCAAAGUGAAUUGAUAUGGUGCCCGUGUGGCGAGCUGACGUCACACUGGCACACUUCUAGUUCACCCCGCCACCCCCGACCAUAGAAUAAACAAUAAUGCUAUGUAUAGAAGGGACACUCGGCCCCGCACCGAUACGAGCUACCUCACCCCACCCCCGAUUUGCGUACCCUCUUCAGCUCGUAAGGAGUAAGGAGCGCGCCCGGAUUGUACGUCUCGCUCGCACACACGGGGUGUAGUGUCUGCUAGAACGAGAUGUCUGUACGGAGCUUCCGCGGUGUGGCAUGCAAACCAUGUGGUUCGAUCAGAACGGCUAGGUGUCACCCGUCUAAACAAGUCACUUAUCUUUUUUCUAGUAUACAUGUAUUAUGUUAACGAAUUAAAGACGUAAUGUUAUACUUAUUACUCUAGUUAUCAAUAUGAAAAAUGUUUGCGUUUUAGUCAGCACGUAUAUGCCCGUGGCGCCAUUUUCAAUUUGAGUCGUUACGGUCUGAGCGCAGAAGCGCUUCUCCAAAUGACAACUGAGUCGAUACAGGACUAAAAUUUUGAGAUCUGAGCCUUCUGCGCCUUAGCCUCUCACUCGCGGCGGUAUACACAUCAAAUAGUUCCUUUAUUGCAUUGUGACUCUAAUCCAGCUUUCUGUUCGGACUACAUCAAGCUCACGUGUUCAUUAAAGCUAUGUAAAAAGAGCUUCCCACGUCUCCGUCCCUUUCUAUCAGCUCUUGUUAGAGCGAGAGCGACGAAGACGUUCGGCCUCCUUCCUUAUACGCUUCCCCUGUAGUCCACAUGGCGAUCGCUGGUCCGAUUGUAGUUUAUUAGUGAAAAUAUCAAUAUGAACAAUCUCUACGAAUGAUUGCAGUACAAAAUCCAUAUGAAUUAUCCUCGUAACCUUGUUGAAAUGAAAUUAUCUAUUUAGAGAAAAAAAAAACAGUUGUUUAUUGUUCUAAGAACACGACAAUGGAGCGGCAUAUAUAUAUUUUAUUAUAUUAUGUUUAAUUUUGACUUAAUUGCAACUUUUAAUGAGUAAAAAUCAACAAUUUGGUCGAAAAUCCAUAGUAAUUUAUUGCUUUGACGCUUAGUCAAAAGUAACUGUUUUGACUAGUCUGAAAAUGCGUUUGUAAUAUACUACAAGCGUAAAGGUAACAAUUUGCGCGCCAGCUUGGUGUCAGUUGUUACAACAUACAUAAAACAUAAACAGUUUAUAUAAGUCCCAGAGCUGAACACAGGUCUGCCCUCAACCAACCCGAUGACGCAUAUUCCAUCACGCUGCUCAACUGAGGGUUGGUUGAGGUGUUUUACGGAUACUAACCAGGACCAACGGCGUAACAUGCCCUCUGUAACACGGAAUCAUCAUACUUUUUCGGCCUGCAAUGUCGUUACCAAACAAAAUACACUGUUCUCACAAAGUGAUUUGGACAAUGUCCCCGUCGGGAAUCGAAUCCGGACCUCCAGAUCGUGAGCCUAACGCUCUAACCACUAGACCACAUAAACAAAAUACGUGUUCAUAAACAAUCGGAAUUGUAUUUAUUUCUGAAAUGGAAUUAUACUUACAUAUUUGAUCAAGCCCCUAUGAACCUAAUACUUUCUCUUUAUUUCUUACUCAUACUAUAAUUGUACAAUGAAAUGCUUUUUCAAUCUGAAUCACUUUGUUAACGAAUACUAUCUUUAAAAAUACUUGCAAUUUCAAAUUCAGUCUUGUAUAUAUUCCGAUGAGUCUGAUAUUACAACCUCCUACUUCUAUAAAAUAAUAUCACUCGUUUCUAAUGUAAUAAUUGUAAUGACUGUCGUCUAAAAAGCUACAUAAAAAAAUAAGCUUGGAAUAGAAGCCAGUCUAAGCUGGCCGAAAAUAUAUCAACUUUUUCUUUUUAAUUUAUUUUCGAAUUUGAAUUACGAAUUAAGUACUUCAACUGUUUUCUGUUCUUGCCUGACGAGUUAAGUAACAAUGAGUACGACGUUUGACAGUUAUUAUUGAUGACGUCACUCAGUAUUUCGAUAGAAAGUUUCCGUUUCGACGUUUCGUAAAAUGUAUCUUAUUUUUUGUCUGGUGUAUUUCGUCCGCGUGCAUUAUUUCACUUGGUAUUUCGGACUGUAAACUCCUGUUAAUGACUCUUGUGGAUAAUUUCAUUCAAGGUUGGUAAAGGUGAACAUUUCUUGUGGCCUAUUCUUUGUACAACAAUUGUCGGCCUUUUACGCAUUUGCGGCCUAAUAAUACAACUGACGUAAAGUCGACCUUGUGCGUACUUAUACUUAGGUACAGCAUAUAACGACUCAGCAUACGAUACCUCGCAUUGGUCGCAUACUGGCGGCUCAUGAACAAGAUGCAACGUAUUGCUGAACAUUGACGGAUUAUGAACAAUUUUCUUUAUUGUUUUCUACGAGUGACUUUCGUGUUGAUAUUUUGAUGUAUUCCUAAAAAGUUAAGUGUAAAGUAGGUUAGUUAAACCCAACAGCGGGCCCUGCACCCGCCAAUACUUUUGUGUAGUUAUAUAUAUAUCUCGAAUUACUAAUAUAUAUAUAUUAUGUAUAGAGUUUUAUAAGCAAUAGUCGUGAAUGAAUUGGAAAUGUGAUAUAUCGAUUUUGUACGCCAUUUUUUAUGAGCACGAGUAAAACUUAAAAUUGUUCUUCUUUCGUAUUAAUGAAAUAGACUGUUAUAUACUUAAAUGAAGUGUAAUGUUUUUAUUCAGAUUGGGGGGCCACGUCAUAUGCAACAAUAUAUUUUAUUUGCUGUAAAAAUCGGUUAUCAUUUUUUGACAAAUGGUAUUAUUCGUAGGAAUAGGAGUGGCUGCGUAUAUUCCUAUUUCUAUAGUAUUAAUUUAUUAGUGGCAAAAGUUAUGUAUUAACUUAACCUAAUUGUGAAUUUUACGACCUUUUACUGUUUUAGGGUUCCUUAGGUUUAAUCCGAACCUAUUUUAUGGCAGUAGGCCACAGUAAGAACGUUGAGGGAGUCAAUCACAAAUACCUAUUAUUAUAAGAUAUAUUUGAGUUAUGCGUACAAUCCUUUACAAGUUUACACUAUUAUCUUGGACGUUAAUUUAUGUGUUUAUCGAAGCAGUAUAGGCGUCGAAUGAUAUUUAAAAAAAACUAUUGUAUGUAUAAAAUUCUAGCCUUUUUAUAACUUAGCGGUUCUAAAAUUUUUGUUCAUUGAAGUUUUUAUUUAUUUCCUGAGGUAAGAGUUAAAUGAAAUAAAUUUCUUGAUUAAUUUA